AUGAAUCUCACCAGAACGUCAUUUUUUAUGGUUUUAUUUAAUUUUUUUAAACUUCCAAAAUUGGAGGGUACAACAGUCAAAAACAAAAUGUUAAAAGAACCGUGUUUUGAGGAAGAUCAAGACCUCACCCAAUAUUCUACUUUCGACGAGUCAUUUGAUAAAGACGGGAGAAAUAGUUUUAAACUUGUUCAUCUACAGGGUAAACGGACAGGUCACGUGCAAUGGUUAGAGUUGGAAGAAGGAAGAAGUUACAAGUUGAUCACCAGAGCUAUGAGGCCAUUAUUAUUUGAAAUUCCUCAUUUUCUAACCGAUGACGAAUGCGAGCACGUGAUUUCGCUCGCAAAGGAGGCAGGACUCAGCGCUAGUCAGGUUGCUCUUAAAUUUGAUGAGAAAGACUUGAACGAGGUCUUGAAACAAGUUGACAGAAAUGCAACUCUUGACAAAGAGGAUUAUUUUGCACGAGACUUGAACGUCUGGGAUAGAAACAAAGAUAAUGUUGUUGAUAUAGAGGAGAUCAGAAAAUUUGCAAAGAUGUAUAAAUCACUUCACUUGAAACAAGAGGAAAUAGUUCAAAUGUUAGAAAGCUGUGGGUUGGCAUUCGAUGAUAAUACCGAAGAAAAAAUAACCACCAAUUAUUUAAGUGACGGAAAUAUAAAGAAACUUCUUUCCUAUAUGAGUUUUCUGAGGACCUCAAGUCCCCAACAUAAAUUCCGGUACAGCGACCAGGCUUGGUUACGUCAAGACAAAACUGCUGACCACAUUUUACGACACCUGCAUGAAAGAAUUGCUAAGUUAACGAAGCUCCCAAGAAAACUGCUUCAAGGUAGUGAAUCAAUGCAGGUCGUUCGCUACCAAACAUCAGGUCACUAUCAUGCGCACUUUGACUCUGGUAUGGAUCCCAGUGUCCCUUGCUGUCAUCAAAAUGUGGAUCUAAGGCCGCCUCAGUGUAGACUUUGCAGAUUCGUCACUAUUUUGUAUUACCUCAAUGACGUAGAGCAAGGAGGAGAAACAGCAUUUCCUCUGGCGGAUAAUUCCACGAUAACUUUUAAGGAGCUGCCGAAUCCCGAAUCAGACGAAUUCAAUCUGAGUAUCAGUUGUCAAAUGGCUAAUCUUGUUAUCCCGCCCAAGAAAGGUACUGCCAUCAUGUGGUACAACAAUUUUAUUGACCCGGACAGUGAACUUCUUGGGGACUUGGAUGUCAAUUCGAUUCACGGUGGUUGUGACGUCAUUAAAGGAGAAAAGUGGAUUGCAAAUAAUUGGCUAACAGCGCCAACAAAAAACUCUAGACAUUUUAAGAGUGCCUAUGAUGUUGGGUUUGAUUGAGAAAGCGGCAGCAAAAGUUCUUAAAAAAAAAUCCGCUGUGAAACACCCCUCCACAUCGCCAAAGAUUGAUUACAAUCCAGCAGACGGGAAAAGAGGAAAUCAGUCAUUUAUAAGCUUUGAUGAUUCCCGAUUGUUUUGUUUUAAGGGCUGCUAAAGUCUGUUACGUCACAAGCCUUCGACCUAAGAUAAGGGAGUGAAUCAUUUUUCCCUCUACCUAAUAUCUAGUAUAAAACGCGUAUAGUGACUCACGCCCCGCUCAUAAUGUAAAUUUGUAAAGGCUUGAAUGGGGAAACCACGAACCAAAGUGAUUAAACUCGUAUCCUUAUAUUUUGACAACCAAAAUAAACUUACCUCUGUAACUUAAUGUCUUGUUUGUAGAUAUUUAUCCAAACUUGCUAUACCAUGUAAUAAUUUAGGCAUGGCGAACG